CCCNCUCUCUCUCUCUCUCUCUCCCUGCCUUAUUAUUCCUCCUCACACUUUAAGCACAGCUGCUGACUGAUUGCUGAGGAGGAUGUUGAACAUUACACCAAGGAAGAGAGAGAAUCGAAAAAAAGGGAAAGGUGAGGAGGGGGGUUUUUCUUUUCAAGCAAGUAUCAGAAUGACAACAUUUUAAUAGGGUGAAGGUGGAAUGAAAGCUUUGCCGGGAAAAAUGGAAAAACAGAGUAUGCUGGUGCAGUUUCAGAUGCGAGCUGAUACCGAGAGAAAGGGGACCUUUUCCUUACUUCUUCUUUUUCUUCUGUUAAUUCUCAUCCUUCACGUUAUUUAACGAAAACCCACCUCAGAUAAGUCCUUUUUUGUACCUCAUAGUAUUGUUAUUGAUCUGUAUUGAUUGGUAAUCUGAAGGGGCAGGAAUUUCUGAUUUAUUGGUUUAUGAGAAUUUUGAUGAGUUCAACUCUUUUUUUUUUUUCUUUUUCGUUUCUUUGGUUGGAAAAUGGAAAUCCGUUGUGGUAGAUUCCAGGUUGUUUUGAUUUAGGGAUCUGGCGUUCUUUCUUUCCCCAUUUCCUGUUCUACUAAUGCUUGAGUCGUUACUUGGAUGCAUUCUGGACGAUUUAGGGAUUGGUUAGUGGGUUAUGUAUAGCGUUCGUGCUUGAUGCUGUAACUGUUGUUGUGGACCUUGUGGACUUGUGGUAGGUCUUUUUGGGGAUCUCUGUAGUUGCUGUUGGAGGUCCUGUGGUAUGUUUUCCAAUUUGAUGUAAAUAUUACGACGGGUUUCAUGCGUUUAACCACUUGGUGUUUGGCUUUUCCUCCUUUGAGAUUUUAUUUUUCUGAUUCUCUGGAGGGAUUUUGUUUUUCCUUGUUUCUGAGAAAUACUUUGGAUUGGUUUUGGACCCUUUUUAGAUUAAGGAUUUAGCGGGUUCGAUCAAUUGUUACUUGUUGGAUACCACACACUGCUUAAGUGUUGUCUUUCUCUUAUUUCUUUGAAGACACCCACCAUUUUUAUUCUGGGUUUCUAUAGAUAUCACCCUCUUUCGGAUUUUCUUUCCUACUUUUUUUGAGGAAAUUUAGAUUUUCCGGAGACUGUAUACGUUUUCCUUCUUUUAUACUUUUUCCCCCUAAAAAAGUUAAUAUACGUUUUAGAAGAAGAAGAAGAAUCUGUAACGGGUUUCUUUCUAUGGGAAUACCUGAUAAUUCACUUAUAGAUUUAAUAGAGAAGGUUAGGUCUUGGAUCUCUUGGGGAGGAAACGAUUUAUCUGGUUUCUCAAAGGAAUUCUGGAUGACUGAUAACAGUUGCAGUAUGUGUUGUGAGUGUGAAAAACGCUUUACAGAAUUCAGUUUUCAUUACCAUUGCCAAGGUUGUGGACGGGUACUAUGUGGGAAAUGCAUUGAAGGUCCAUGUGCUAUAUCAGAUCGUUGGAGAAGCUCCACUGAGGAUGCUGAACAUGUCAAACACUGCAAGUUUUGCUUUCAGGCUAAUCAUGGGCAUGAAGCUGGAAGAGACCGCGAUGAGAGAAUUAUUUCUUCUAGAUCUCCUCAGCUGAGUCCUGAACGGAUGCUUCCUCAUUUCAGUAAUGGGAAGUUUUGUGAUGAUAAUAAUUGUAGGCCACUUCACAGUGAUCACCUCGUGCACUUCUUUGAAUCACAAGAACAUGCUGCUUCUCCCUAUGCAACUGCUAGUAGCAGCAUGCCCUCAUCCAUGGGUCACCUGUCUCCAGUUUCUUUUCACUGCUCUCCCAGCAGGAGUGAUGAGGAAGAUGCAGAGGAUUCUGGGAAGCACUUUUUGAGUCCAUCUAGUGAAUACUAUCAAGACAUAUCUGAUGUAGAUUCUAGUAGUGUUAGUUCUAGGCAUGAUUUUUACAGUUUUAAAUCAGUGGGUUCAAGUCCCUUGGAAAGUUCUUACAAGAUAACAAGUACUCCUAAUAGAGCUCACUACUCUGUACAGAAGGAGCAAGGGGGAACUCCAAGGUCUCAGAAUGACACUCCUCCAUACCAAGAAAAAAAUGCGAUUUUAAGAAGGCCUGAGACAGAAAAUGAGGAUCUAGAGAACCCUGAUGACUGUUCUGAUGCUUUGUCAAUAUUCCGGGAACAAUGUGAAAAAGUACAACAGCCAUUGGAUUUUGAAAAUAAUGGUCUCAUUUGGUUUCCUCCUCCAGCUGAGGAGGGUGAGGACGAGUUAGAAAGCAAUUUCUUUGAAUAUGAUGAUGAGGAUGAUGAUGUUGGAGGGUCUGGCAUGUUUUUCUCAUCUGGUAGCUUUAGUAAUGAUGCAUUCCCGGUCAGAGAGAAACCAAAGGAGGAAUACAAAGAACCUCUUAGAGCGGUAAUACAUGGGCACUUUAGGUCUCUUGUGUCACAGCUACUACAGGGAGAGGGCAUCUGUGUGGAGAAUGAGAAUGGUGUGGAGGAUUGGCUGGAUAUAGUUGCGUCAAUUGCAUGGCAAGCAGCAAAUUUUGUGAAACCAGAUACAAACAGAGGAGGCAGUAUGGAUCCUGGUGACUAUGUAAAGGUUAAAUGUAUAGUGUCGGGAAGUCCAAGUGAGAGCACCCUUAUUAAGGGAGUAGUUUGUACAAAAAAUAUAAAACACAAGCGCAUGAUGUCACAGUACAAGAAUCCUAGAUUACUUCUCUUGGGGGGAUCACUUGAAUUCCAGAGAGUUCCAAACCAGUUGUCAUCAUUUAAUACUCUACUUGAACAGGAGAUGGAUCAUCUCAAGAUGAUUGUUUCAAAGAUAGAGGCCCAUCGCCCGAAUGUUCUGCUGGUAGAGAAAUCUGUAUCUUCUUAUGCUCAAGAGUAUCUAUUGGCAAAGGAAAUCUCUCUAGUGUUGAAUGUAAAGCGGCCCUUAUUGGAGCGCAUAGCUAGGUGUACUGGUGCUUCUAUUGUUCCAUCUAUUGAUAAUCUUUCUUCAUCACGAUUGGGACACUGUGAAAUCUUCCGCUUAGAGAGAGUUUCUGAAGAAAACAAAGUUCCUGGUCAUCCCAACAAGAAACUGGCCAAAACCCUGAUGUUUUUUGAAGGUUGUCCAAGGCGUUUGGGAUGCACGGUACUUCUCAAGGGUACGUGUCAUGAGGAACUAAAGAAGGUUAAACAUGUCAUUCAAUAUGCUGUAUUUGCAGCUUAUCAUUUGUCCCUAGAGACGUCUUUCCUUGCUGAUGAGGGUGCAACCUUACCUAAAAUUCCAUUGAGCCCCUCAAUUUCUAAACCAGAAAGGAUGGUGAAUGCUGAUAAGUCUAUUUCUCUAGUCUCUGGUUCAGCUGUGUCUUCUACAGAUGAACUCUACUAUAGGGUUGCAGGCAACAUGCUAGAGGCAUCAUCCCCUCGUGUAAGCUCAGAUGCCCUGGAUCAAGAUGAGGGUUCAGUUGGCCUUUGUUUGAAACUUAGAGAACAAGACCAAUUUCGUGAGCAUUUUAAUCCUGUCAAUAUUUCUACCUCAUCUUCUUGCUUCCGCUAUAGUAUUAGAAAGGCUCAGUGUCAUGUAAGCGGUGAUCAUGUGGUUAUGGAUAUUAGAGACCGUUCUCAACAUGAUUCAUUGGAAACUUCGAUUCAAGACGAGGAAAUUGCUUCAAGAAGUUAUCAGCACCCUGGGAAAGUCCAUGAGCUCCCAAAGACUGAUGGGACUGAUGAAGUCUCUGGUGAAAUUUUCUCAGCUGCUGAAAAACAUCAGAGCAUAUUGGUCUCCUUCUCAAGCCGUUGUGUUCUGAAAGGAACUGUUUGUGAACGCUCUCAGCUCUUGCGCAUUAAAUUCUAUGGCAAUUUUGAUAAGCCACUGGGGAGAUUUCUUCGUGAUGACUUGUUUGAUCAGCAGACAUCUUUAUGCCGAUCUUGUAAGGAGCCUGCAGAAGCCCAUGUCCGAUGCUAUACCCACCAGCAGGGAAGCCUUACAAUAAAUGUUAGACGCCUUCCCUCACUAAAGCUACCUGGGGAGUGUGAUGGAAAGAUCUGGAUGUGGCAUCGAUGCCUCAAGUGUGCAUAUAAGGAUGGGGUUCCACCCGCAGCACGUAGAGUUGUUAUGUCAGAUGCUGCAUGGGGACUUUCUUUCGGAAAGUUCUUGGAGCUUAGCUUUUCAAAUCAUGCUACUGCUAAUCGUGUUGCAAGUUGUGGUCAUUCUUUGCAAAGGGACUGCCUGCGUUACUAUGGAUUUGGGAGCAUGGUUGCAUUUUUCCGUUAUUCCCCUAUUGAUAUUCUUUCCAUUUGUUUACCUCCUUCAAUGCUGGAAUUUAAUGGUCACAUUCAACAAGAGUGGGUUAGACAAGAGGCAGUAGAGCUCUUGACUAAAAUGGAACUUCUAUACACUGAGGUAUUUGAUGCAUUGCACAACAUUGAACAGAAAGGUAUGUCUUUUGGACAUGAACCUACAAACAAGAGCGAGUUUCACAAUCACAUUAUGGAGCUGAAAGAUUUGUUGAAAAAGGAGAGACAUGAAUAUGAUGGUUUGGUACAACCAGCUCGCCUAGAUGAUAUACACCCAGGUCAGAUAGCAGUAGACAUUUUAGAACUCAAUCGCUUGAGGCGCUACCUCUUUAUUGAUUGUUACAUAUGGGACCGCCGCCUAUGUUCAUUGAAUUCUAUCUUUGGAGUAAAGAGUUCUAUUUCCAAGGUUGAUUCCCGUAUGCAGGAGGCUGCAACUUGUUCCAAGAUGGCAGAAUUGAAAAGUGAAUCAUUUCGUAAAGAUGGAAGGUUUCGUUGUGCUCAUGACGAAAAUAGCUCAAAGUCAUUGGUCAAAAACCUUAAGCAUGCCUUAUACUCAGAACAUAGAGAAGAACAUAGUUUAGAAUAUCUUGAGCCUACCAAAAAUCAACCUGCCGAAGUAGAUUCUUCAAAUUCCACCGAUGAUUAUGGUCAUGAAGACCUUGAGCUGGCUACAUUCCAUCUUCACAAGCUGAAUAGAAUGCAUGCAGAUGGGGAAGUUACAGGCCAGAAGGUAUCCAUGGAGAGCAUUCCAUCACCUACAUCCAAUCUUUCUGAGACGAUUGAUUUAGCAUGGACUGGUACAGGUAAACAACCAAUGAAAGUUCAGUUACUUCAACCCUUCCAAACAGAUAGGCACCAAACUGGUUCAGCUGGGUUUAUAAAUCAGAUGAAUAAUCAAUCUUACAGAAGGCUCAUGUCCCCUGUUAGAGUGUAUUCAUUUGAUUCUGCAUUAAGAGUUCAAGAAAGAAUCUGCAAAGGACAGUCCCCUACUUCCUUGCGUUUGACCUCUGUUAAAUCUUUCCAUGCAUCUGGAGAUUACAGGAGUAUGAUUAGAGAUCCAAUUCCAAAUAUGCUGAAGACCUAUCCUCAAGUCUUGCCAAGGCAAGCCAAGAACUUGAACUUCAUGUUCAGCUCUCCACCCUCAUUCAUCACCUCAGCAUCUAGCAUGGCGGGUGAAGGGGUUCGGUUACUACUUCCACAAACAGGCCAUAAUAACAUAGUUGUUGCUGUUUAUGACAGUGAACCCACCAGUGUAAUAUCUUAUGCUCUUAGUUGCAAAGAUUAUGAUGAUUGGAUUGCUGGUAAGUCAAGUGAGAAUGGAGGAGGCUGGAGUGUAAACGACAACAGUAAAGAGGAUGAACUCAGUAGUCUUUCAGGCUAUCUUUAUGUAUCAGGUUCAGAAUUUUCAGCCCGGCAAUCCUUUGGUUCUCUGGACUCAGACGAUCACCACUAUAUAAGUUAUAGAUUUGAUGACCGAUCAUCAUCGAUAGGGAGCCUGCCUUCAGAUUCCAAAAAAUCUCCUCAUCUCAGGAUUUCUUUUGGGGAUGAGUCAUCAUCUCCUGGUAGCAAAGUGAAAUUUUCUGUGACCUGUUAUUUUGCAAAGCAGUUUCAUGUUCUUAGGAAGAAAUGCUGCCCUAGUGAAGUGGAUUUCAUACGUUCACUAAGUCGUUGCAAGAGAUGGCAUGCACAGGGUGGGAAGAGCAAUGCAUAUUUUGCCAAAUCAUUAGAUGAGAGAUUCAUUGUCAAACAAGUCACAAAGACAGAGUUGGAUUCUUUUGAGGAAUUUGCACCCAAAUACUUCAAAUAUUUGAUAGAUUCUCUUACUUCAGGAAGUCCAACUUGUCUUGCUAAAGUCCUCGGUAUUUAUCAGGUCUCUAUUAAGCAUUUGAAAGGUGGGAAAGAAAUGAAAAUGGAUUUAAUGGUGAUGGAGAACCUCUUUUACAAGAGAAAUAUUUCGAGAGUGUAUGAUCUCAAGGGCUCUGCACGAUCUCGUUAUAAUCCAGAUACAACAGGGAAGAACAAUGUGCUGUUAGAUAUGAAUCUGUUGGAAGCACUUCGUACAAAACCUAUAUUUCUUGGGAGCAAGGCAAAGAGAAGCCUAGAGAGGGCAGUUUGGAAUGAUACAUCUUUUCUAGCGUCGGUUGAUGUAAUGGAUUACUCGUUACUGGUUGGAGUGGAUAACGAUCAAAAGGAGCUGGUUAUAGGGAUCAUUGACUUCAUGAGGCAAUAUACAUGGGACAAACAUUUGGAGACAUGGGUGAAGGCAUCAGGUAUUCUUGGUGGCCCUAAAAAUGCAUCUCCAACCAUUAUUUCACCCAAACAAUACAAGAAAAGAUUUAGAAAAGCCAUGACUACCUAUUUCCAUACUGUACCUGAUCAGUGGUCUUCAUGACUUGCGUCUUUCGGUGUUUCUUUGCUGCUGCAAAAUGUACCUUUACAGGUAGAAAGGGGGAGGGAUAAGUUGUCUGUAACUCUGUAUCAUUGGUUCAUCUUUUGUACAUGGCCAAAAAGUAAAUCUCAAAAGUAGGGCUGUAUAAAGGGGGAGGAGAAAUUCCGUUGUUAUUGUUUUGUUCAUAUUUUUUCUUUUUCUUUUUUUUUUGUUGUAUGGGCAAAUUAAGCCUGAACUUGAGAUUCGACAAAUUAAUGAGAGCAAAGAAAUUCGUUCA